ACCACACCACCGACCUUUGUUUACUCCCAUCCCACUCUCUAUAUAUACUCUCUCACUCCACCUCUUUCCGAUUCACAAACCACAAACGAAUUCACAGAGACACGCCGGAGAAGAGAAACUUCGACAUGGGAUCCGAUGGGAACACAUCAAACGCCGGGACCGGAUUCCCGGCGCCGUCCCUCUGCAGCAACGGUUGCGGAUUCUUCGGAACGCCGGCGACGAAGGGGCUCUGCUCCAAGUGCUACGCCGCCGCGGAGAUGGCGGAGCAGGCCGCCUCCGCCUUGGAGAAGCUCUCGCUGGGGACCGAUCUCAGGGUCAAAAUCAGACAGCCGGCGUUCGUUUGGCCGGUCGUCGAAUCGGCGGAUGACUCAGCGCGAGACCCGCCGCCGCCGCGCGGUGCCGGCAGGUGCCGGAGUUGCCGGAAGAGGACGGGGCUGGUGGCGUUCAAUUGCCGAUGCGGUUAUGCCUUCUGUGCGGCCCACCGCUACCCGGAGGCGCACGAUUGCACUUUCGAUUUCCGGGCCGCGGGUCGGGUCGAAAUAUCCAAGGCGAAUCCGCUGGUGACGCCCGAUAAAAUCCAGAGUCAUUACAAUGCAGGGAUUAGGCCUCUAUUUAUAGUGGAGAGGCUUGUUUCGCCGGGAAUCAACGAAGACUCGCCGUUGAAGAAGAAGAGUAAAGAGGAAAUGGAAUGGAAGGGGAACUGGACGGACGCCGGGACCGGACUUCCCUCCCUCUGCAAUAGGGGAUGCGGAUUUUUCGGAUCACCGGCGACGAACGGACUCUGCUCCAAGUGCUACACCGCCGAGAUGGUGGAGCGGGCCACGUCCGCCAUGGAGAAGCUCGCGCUGACGGCGGAUCUCCGCCCCGAGGAGGUAGAUCUGGCGAUUUCCGCCAUGGAGAAGCUCGCGCUGACCACAAAUCUCAGAGAUCCGGCGUCCGUGUGGCCGGUCAGGUCGGCGGAUUCAGCCGGAGAGGUGCCGCCGCUGCCGCCGUGCGACUCGAACAGGUGUGGGAGUUGCCGGAAGAAGAUGGGGCUGGUGGCGUUCAAUUGCAAGUGCGGGUUCGCCUUCUGUGUGGCCCACCGCUACCCUGAGACGCACAAUUGCAGCUUUGAUUUCAAGGCCGCGGGUCGGGUCUCCAUUGCCAGGGAAAAUCCGGCUGUGAGGCCCGACAAAAUCCAGAGGUUCUGAUUAAUGAGGAUUGAGGAUUUCGCGGAGGAAGACGAUUUCU